ACAUCAGUGUAAGUUCAUUUGCUUAGAAUCACUCGUAGCUAUAUUAUAAAACCUGAGACACCGGCAUUUGUUUUCAUUUCGUGUUAGCUUUCGAGGCGGCAUCAUCUACGCCCGAUCACAAGUUAGACGAAACAGGUUUUUUUUUCCACGAGAAAAAUGUGGAAGUCGUUUUCGAAAUUCGUAGUUUUAAGUUUUGUUUUGACGUUAAGUGAUGUAAGCUGUGAAAAGGCGCCCGUGGUGCGGACUCCACUGGGUGAUGUAGCCGGGUACUAUAUGACAACGAGGGGAGGAAGGCAGAUCAGUGCUUUCACCGCUAUCCCAUACGCACUCCCACCUAUUGGAGACCUCAGAUUUAAGGCGCCUGUACCAAUAAAUCAAUGGGAAAACACACUAAAUGCCUCCACUGUUAGCCCAGUUUGUGUGCAGCGGAACCCUUAUACUCGACAAGAAGAAAUCGUUGGUCAGGAGGACUGUUUGUAUUUGAAUAUUUAUACACCCACCAGAAAUAACGAUGUGUCCGACACAAGUCUGUUGCCAGUCAUGGUGUUUUUCCAUGGCGGUGGUUGGAUGUGUGGGGACGGCACCACUGGCAUGUAUGGACCGCAUUUCCUUCUUGACAGAGAUGUUGUUUUCGUAGCUACGAAUUACAGAUUAGGUCCACUAGGUUUCUUAUCCACGCAAGAUGAGCACUGUCCCGGUAACAACGGUCUUAAGGACCAGCAGGAGGCUUUACGUUUCAUACAAAAUAACAUCGAGAGCUUUGGUGGUGAUAAAAACUCCGUCACAAUAUUCGGGGAAAGCGCUGGCGGGGCCAGCGUGCACUACCAUAUGCUGUCAGAAAAUAGUGCAGGUCUCUUCCACAAGGCGAUAUCUGAGUCAGGUACAGCUCUUGUGCCAUGGGCUGAAGCUGCCCCUGGUGAGGCUUUGAGAAACGCCUUCCGCCUGGCCAAGUUCCUGGACUGUCCUCAAGCGCCUUCAGAAAAUAUGAUCAGCUGUCUUCGUACUAAAGACAGUUACGAUAUUAUCAACACAGAGUUUCUGUUUUAUGCGUGGGACUACGAGCCAAUGACCCCUUUCAAGGCCGUAAUAGAGCCUGACCAUCCCGGAGCAUUCUUAAGGAGAAGUCCACGUAAGACACCGAACGUGCCUGCAGUACCCUGGAUGACUGGACUUAACAAGGAUGAGGGAUGCUUGAAGUCUGUUUGGAUUACGUCAAACACGAGCAGAUAUAACGAAUUCAUGUCAGCGUUUGAGACUAUUGCACCUGUAACAUUCUACUACGAAAAUUCGCCGUACGCUGAAGCUAUCACUGAAAAAAUACGUCAAAAAUAUUUGAAUGAUAAAGACGAAUCCGCUUUGAAGAAUGGGAUUCUCGAAAUGUAUUCCGACUCGUAUUUUGCGUAUCCCGCCGUGGACGCUGUUGAGAAGGUGUUCAGUUACACAAAGAACCCUGUUUACUUGUACGACCUGUCUUACAAAGCUACCAACAGCUUUUCACAGAUCUUCGGUGACGAGGAAGGAGAUUACGGUGUUUGCCACGCUGACGAGCUGAUGCACCUGUUCCCGAUCGAGUUCCUCUCAAAACCAUUUUCACCAGAAGAUAUCGAAAUAAGUGAAACUAUCAUUACACUGUGGACUAAUUUUGCGACUACAGGGAAUCCAAACAAACCCGUGCCUGUGCCAUUCAAAUGGGAACCGGCAACUUCACCGAGCAAAAUGGAAUAUUUAGAAAUUAACAAAGAAUCAGUGAUGAAGUCAGACUUGGGAGCUCGUUCGAGAUUUUGGAGCACUCUCCCUCUUUGGUACAACGUGCGAGGCCGAAAGUUUACAGACGACCUAUAGUGGCAAAGUACCAGCUAUCAGUCAUGUCAAAAGAGAACUAUUAGUUGUAAGGUGUAAAUAAUUGUAAAAAUAUCUAAAAAGUAAGAAUCUAAUAAAUGGAAGAAACCAUGGAAA